GCUUUAUAAAGCGUGUGUGUCCGCAUCGAGCCACUCUCCUGUAGACUACUGUUGCUGAAACUUCUGCUGUCGAGCUGACGCCGCCGGAAACCGCAGCUGCGAGCACCAUGAGCGAGAGACAAGGGUCCGGAGCAGCCGCUGGUACCAACAAGACAUCUGGAGCACAAGAUGCUUCCAAGACGGACGUCCCAGAAGACUUUGACAUCGACAUGGAGGACCCUGAGACUGAGAAGGCAGCCGUGGCCAUUCAGUCCCAGUUCAGAAAGUUCCAGAAGAAGAAACGUGACGAGAAAUCCUAGUGGGCACCAUGUUGCUCGGUCACUGUGUGCAGAGGUGGAAGGUGGAGGCGCUGGCACAGUGACUAUGGUGUGACUUUUGCAUGUAAACAGAUUCCCGCUGGAACUUGAAGGGUUGUGAGGGGUCUGAGGGGAGAGAAUGCAAUAGCCUGUUUAUCAAACCACACGUCUGUGAAUUUUCUCCAUCCUUACUAUUAUUUAUUAUUGAAUCACUGUUAUAGACUGAUAGAGUUAUGACGUCUGCUGUCUGUCCUGUAGUCUAGCUGUUAGAAUAUAUUUUAAACUAGCCUCAUAGUUUUAACUGCUCUGUUCUUCCAUGUUUCCCAUGUAUCCUGUAACUGUAACUGUAGGAGUAGACAGAGAAAAGCUGGCGUCAAACUGAAGAUUGUUUUGGCCUGGAUGUCCCGUCUUACACAGAGAGGCAUUUCUUUC